AUGAGUAGCGGCCAAGGUGGUGGCCUGGGGGGCAUGCUCGGCUCUGUUCUGGGCGGUGGUAAGCACUCUGGUGGUAUGGGCUCCCAAGGUGGAAGUGGAAAAAUGCUCAACAAUUUGAUCGGCAACUUUGUUGGAGGAGGUCGCUACGGUGGUGGCUCAAUGGGCGGCAGUAGCACAAGUGGUGGCAUGGGCUCCGGCAUGGGCUCCGGCAUGGGUGGCGGCAUGGGUGGUCACCACAUGGGCGGUGGCAGCAUGGGCUCCGGCAUGGGCUCCGGCAUGGGUGGCGGCAUGGGUGGUCACCACAUGGGCGGUGGCAGCAUGGGCUCCGGCAUGGGCGGCGGUUACAUGGGUGGUGGCGGAAUGGGCUCCGGCAUGGGUGGCGGCAUGGGUGGUCACCACAUGGGCGGUGGCAGUAUGGGCUCCGGCAUGGGCGGCGGUUACAUGGGCGGUAGCGGAAUGGGCGGCGGUGGCUAUUAA